AUGAUAGCAAUCAAACGGUUUUCAAAUUCUCAUAUCUAUCAGUUUGGAAGAUGUUUCAUGUCUUCAAAAGCGAGGUUGGGCUCUAGCUCACGCCUCAUUGAAGCAUGUAGUAGCAGAACCGUCGUACGGAAAAUGACUUCCGAAGUUGAGAAAGCUCAGACAGCAGUGGCUGAAGAGGAAACAAUUUUCGGAAAAAUCAUUAAGGGAGAAAUUAAAGCGAAAGUUCGCUAUGAGGAUGAUGAUGUUCUUGCUUUUGAUGACGUAAGCCCUCAAGCCCCAGUUCACUUCUUAGUCAUUCCAAAGAGAAGAAUCUCUAUGUUGGAACAAGCUGUAGAGAGUGAUACCGCUUUGUUGGGAAAACUUAUGUUCGCUGCAGCCAAGGUAGCGAAAGAAGCUGGACUCGAAGACGGUUACAGAGUUGUUGUUAACAAUGGCAAAAAUGGAGCUCAAAGCGUGUACCAUUUGCAUUUGCAUGUUCUCGGUGGACGUCAAUUACAAUGGCCUCCUGGAUAA